AUGGCUGGGAAUUUUUGGAAGAGCUCACACUUUCAACAAUGGAUAUUAGACAAGCAGGAUUUGGUCCGCGAACGACAAGAAGAUCUCAAACAUUUGACAGAAGAAGAAUAUAUGAAAGUACAAAUUUUCUUUUCAAAUUUCAUUCAAGUCCUCGGUGAGCAGCAUAAGCUCAGACAACAAGUUAUAGCGACAGCUACUGUAUAUUUUAAGAGAUUCUAUGCAAGAAACUCAUUAAAAAGUAUUGAUCCGUUCUUAUUAGCACCAACCUGUAUCUUUUUGGCAUCAAAAGUCGAAGAAUUUGGAGUAAUAUCAGCCAACAGACUUGCUGCUUCCUGCACAAAUGUGGUGAAGAAUAAAUUUAGCUAUGCAUACCCUCAAGACUAUCCGUACCACUCAAAACACAUCCUUGAAUGUGAAUUUUAUUUGCUUGAGAAUCUCGAUUGCUGUCUUAUUGUAUUUCAACCAUAUCGUCCAUUGUUGCUGCUUAUUCAGGAUAUUGGACAGGAAGAACAAUUGCAGGCUUUAUCGUGGAGAAUAAUAAAUGACUCACUGAGAACUGAUUUGAGUCUUUUGUAUGCACCACAUCAGAUCGCAAUUGGUGCACUACAAAUUGCAUGCGUAAUAUUACAAAAGGAACUAAAGUCUUGGUUUGCAGAGCUUAACGUUGACAUGGAUAAAAUACAAGAAAUUGCGAGGGCUAUUGUCAAUCUAUUUGAGCUUUGGAAAGGAUUUGAUGAGAAGAAGGAAAUUGCUGGACUUUUAGAGAAACUUCCCAAAGCUAAACCAAAUGUGGCACCGAAUGCGACAAGAUGA